UGACAUUAUUUGUCAGCUGGUAGAAUUUGAAUUUGAGUUUGAGUUUAACAUUUUAGCCAGAAAUUUGUUGAUUUCUUCGAGUUUUGGGAUACGAAUCUACUGAUGGUUUCUGCCUGGACUUGUUUCUGUGCUCUGCUCGAAAUGACUCUACUUGGCAAUGCUGAGUUGAGAUAGAAAAUGGAGGAUAAAAAGAGAAGUUGCUUCCGGCGAUAUUUUCCCUACUCCGAGUUACGAAUGUCAGAAAAAGCAGAGCUUGCAGUGGUGACGGCAUACUUUGGAGUGUCGUGGCCAGAACUUAAUGAGGGAUUAACCUACCAUGACAUCGUCCGACCCACCGAUGCUGGUCUUAUGUUGAUCGAAUUCUACUUUAGAAAGUACAAAAAUUCAGCUCCUUUACAAGGUUGGUUGCAGAGAAUUCAAAAUAAACAGAUAACAAUUGAUGGUAAAGUUGUUAUCUUACCAGAUACUGAACUCAGUUUUUGGAUGUGCAGAGCAGGUGCUGAAUUAGUAUAUCAUCGCCUUCCUUGGAGAGAACCUGAUGCACCUUACUUGCUAGAAGUACUAUUUCAAGAUGACUACUUGAUUGUUGUAAAUAAACCUUCUGGUUUGCAAGUUCUUCCUGGAGGGUUAUACCAGCAACGGACCGUCUUGACGCAACUCCAGUGGCAUGCAUGCAAGCCGACAACCACUUCAUCAGGUUGUCAAAAAACACAUCCAGUCCCAGUCCAUCGCCUAGGAAGGGGUACAUCAGGAAUACUGCUCUGUGCAAAAACAAAGCUUUGUAAAUCUCGCCUUGCAGCAUAUUUUGCUGAGGGGACGUCAGUUGUUGAAGACAAAUGCACCAACUCAGAGUGCAAUACAAUGAGGAAGAUUUGCAAGAUAUAUCGGGCGCUAGUAAGUGGUGUGAUGGAUAUGGAUGAGGUUGUCAUCAAGCAACCAAUUGGUACAAUUAAAUAUCCUGGAGUUGCUAAAGGGUUGUAUGUUGCUUCUCCUUCAGGGAAGCCAGCUCUGAGCAGUGUUCGCGUUCUGGAAAGAGAUUCAGAGAAUAACUGCACAUUGGUUCAGGUUGAAAUUCAAUCUGGAAGGCCACACCAAAUCCGCAUCCACCUCUCUUUCAUUGGAUAUCCACUAAUUGGUGAUCCUCUUUAUGUAUCUGGUGGGCAACCAAAGUGCUUUCAUCCUGAAUUAAUGGAUGAAAGUUUUGAGAAAGAUGGAGGCUAUCAAAGACCAGAGAAUCCUGUUCCUGGAGACUGUGGAUAUAACCUGCAUGCACAUCAAAUAGGUCUUAUUCACCCAAUCACAAAUGAGCUUAUCAAAAUUACAGCACCUCUUCCAGCUAUCCUUCAAACACGAGAAGAACGUGAAGCGAGCUAGCCAAACUCCAGCUAGUAUGAGAUAAUUUAUAGACACAAGAAACCAAGAAAGACAGACAAAGUUGCCAGUAUGGAGCAUUACCUGUUGUUUCGCUCAUUAGUUUCACUUUAAACAUCUUCAUUUCUGUUUUUUCCAUGAAUAUUUUCUGUUGUUCCUUUCCCCCCUUUAAUUGAUACGUAUAUUCCUCAUUUGAUUUCAGUAAGCAAAAUUUUAAUGAUAAA